GUCCAUAUCCAACUGUAAUAAGAAAGACAUUUCUGAAAAAUCAGAACACAGAAAAAUAUAACAGAUCUGAAAUUUUCAUUUUGACUUGGAUUUAGGGUUUUUCUUUUGGGAGGAGAUCAUUGUUUCAGUGCAACAAUGGCAAAAGGAAUGAGAUAUUCAUCUCGUUCUUCGAAUAGAAGAUCAUCUACAUUUACACUUGUAUUAGCUAUGCUUUUAAUGCUUUCAUUCGUUAUAUUGAUGAUGUUAGCUCUUGGAAUUCUUUCACUGCCUGCACACAAUAGUGAAAUGUCUAAAGAUAAUGAUCUUAGUUCUGUUGCUCACAAUACUGUACCGAAGAGAACUGGCGAUGGAUUAGGGGAAAGGCGAGACCAAUGGAUGGAAGUUAUUUCAUGGGAGCCUAGAGCUUAUGUGUACCACAAUUUCUUGUCUGAGGAGGAAUGCAAUUAUUUGAUUGAUCUUGCCAAACCUCACAUGGAAAAGUCAACUGUGGUUGAUAGCGAAACUGGUAAAAGUAAAGACAGCAGGGUGCGUACAAGCUCUGGGACUUUCCUUAAGAGAGGGCAGGAUAAGAUUAUCAGAAGCAUAGAAAAAAGGAUCGCAGAUUUCACAUUUAUACCAGAAACUCAUGGAGAGGGACUUCAAAUUCUUCACUAUGAAGUCGGUCAGAAAUAUGAACCUCACUAUGACUACUUUCUCGAUGCUUUCAACACAAAGAAUGGGGGUCAGCGGAUAGCUACUGUUCUUAUGUAUCUCUCAGAUGUAGAAGAAGGAGGUGAAACAGUAUUUCCAGCUGCAAAAGGAAACAUCAGUUCAGUACCAUGGUGGAAUGAAUUAUCUGAGUGUGGAAAGAAGGGUCUCUCUGUUAAACCAAGAAUGGGAGAUGCAUUGCUGUUCUGGAGCAUGAGACCUGAUGCCUCUCUAGAUCCAUCGAGUUUGCAUGGUGGUUGCCCAGUGAUUUCAGGUAACAAAUGGUCAUCUACAAAGUGGAUUCAUGUAGAUGAAUACAAGGUUUAAGCUUGUGUGCAAGGUAAUUCUAAUCACAUCCACCUGGAGGCUGACUCUGUAGCGCGAGAUUAGAUUUGUGUACCCUUGAAGAUUAGUUGCUUACUAGCCUCCAGUUUGUAGUUCCACUGAGAUAUUUGGAGUGUUCAUUGUUCUUUUGGGGAUAUCAACCCUAUUCUCUGUAAUAGAAUAAAAUUUUUGUAUCGUUUCAAUUGAGUAAAUUUUUUGUUGGAUGUUUAAAGGUGGGUGGCUGUUUUGUCAAGGCUCUGGUGCUCCAAUACCCUACUGUAAAACUGAAUAGAAGUUAUUCUGCGUUUUGAUACAAACGAUACUGGAAUUGUAUGUACUCCAUUACUCGGGACUGAUGGCGCAAUAUUGCAAUAUUUUACUACUAUUUUGAACUCAUAAAUUGAGGA